CCAGAUGCAGGGAAGCAGUAGUGCCACUGGACCAGGACGAGCACCAUUCCAGCGCAGCAGCGCCGCAUACGAGCAGGAUCCGACAGCACUAGGAGGAGCAGGUGCCCUGGAGUAUGGGGAUCUCCGCUCGAGGAGUCCUAGUAUCUUUCUGGAGCCGCCCACGCCGGAUCCCACGCACGCCCACUUCGGACCGGGAUGGGGUCGACCCAUGUCGCCCAUGGAUCUGCCGCCGGAGAGGUCCUCGGCCAGCGGAUCCGGCAGCAAGUCGCCCACCGGCAAGUCGCGGCUGCGGCCCAAGCUCCACCUGCCGCUGGGGCGACUGGGCCGCUCCAGCUCCUCGGACACGAGGGAGAGCAACAGACUGCGCGAGGACGUCCAUGUGCAUGUGGAAAAUCCCGUUUUCAGCAGCGAGAAUCUGCGCCAGAACAACUUCGAUGCAUUCUUCGAGGCCCGCGAGCCGGUCAUCAAGCUGCAGCCGCGGACACCCCACACGGCGCCAGCGGAUGGCAGUGGGAGGGGCUACUCUCCGCCCCUGGAGAACUAUGCGGGUGUCUACGAUUCGCCGAGGACGCGCAGUCCGGCGGGCAAGGGCGGCGGCAGCGGGGGAGGACUGUUUGCGCGGUCGCCUCGCGAGGAUCGGGAGAGGAUGGCCGGCGCCAGGUCCCGCAGCGCGGAUCAGUGCGACGGGGCGGUGGCUGGCGGAGGAGGGGCAGGUGGCCAGCCCAGUGGGUCCAACUCGGCGGGCGGCGGCGGAGGGGCCAGCUCGACUGGAGCGCACUCCAAAGGUGACAGGUUCUUCGGCAAAAUCUUCAAGUGGUCGAAGAAGUCGUAGGAGGAGGAUCUUCGGGUGGAGGGGGCCACGCGGUGGUUCCCUUAGCCCCCAGGGCGGCAGCAUGGCGUCCUACAACGGCGUGCUCAAGGAUUACAGUCACAGCAGUUUGAACGAGGCGUUCAAGUCCCAGAACAAUGUCAACUUUAAGUUAAUUAAAACAGUAUCCGAUUUCUCCGAAACACUCUCCCGUCUCUACGAGGAACACGCGACUGCCCUCCAGGUUGCGGUGUCCAAUUAUCGCAAGAAGAAUGCCGAGUUACGCAAAGAAAGACCCGCCUGCCACUUGGCCAUCUUUCAGGCAUGGGAAACAUUCCUGCAGGAGGUCGAAACCGAUUCGCAGGCCUGCAACGAUGUGGCCAGCGUCCUCUCCCGCCAGGUGUCGCGACCAAUGCUGGAUAAAUCCUUUCAUCGCAAAGUUCAAAGCCGUAAAAUAUUCACACACAGGGAGUCUUUCGAGACUAUUAUCGCAAAGACUGAAGAGAAGCUGUCAAAGUGCCGAGUGGACUACAAGCAGUGCCACCUGGCCCACCGACAGAAUCCCAGCCAGCACUCGCUCACCGAAUACAUCGACGCCCACAACGCCUACGUGCAGCAGCUGCAUGCCACCAAUGGAAUGCUGGAGGCCUACCACUCGGACACCCUGCCCCAGCAGAUGCAGGAGCUGGAGGAGAUCCACAACGACCUGGUCGCCAUUGUGUCCGACUCGCUGAUGCAGGGCGCCGAAGUAAUUGCCGGCAAGGCCAACGACCAAGCCAAGCGGUACAACAGCCUGACCAACCAGUGCAGCGCGGUCUCACCUCAACAGGACCUGGUGAACUUCGUCCGCCUGCUGGCCCAGCCGUCGCAGGCCCAGAAGAUUCCCCGGCGGGUCUUCUCGUCGCCCCAAGCCGAGGCCGGCGAGGAGGCGGGCGACCACAAUGAGAUGACGCCCUGCCUGCGGAACGAGCUGGUCUUCGACCGCCACUCCACACUGUCACAACGCUCCGCGCUGGAGUCGCUGAAGCGGGAGGCCAUCGAGUUGGAAUUGCAAAUACGUCAGCUGCAGGACUCCAUUGAGGCUCUAAAUCGCACGCAGACACGCGGGAUCGAGGGUCAGCUGUACAACAAGGUCAACGAGCUGCAGGAGGACCUGUCCAUGAAGAAGUUCGACCUGCGGGCCAAGCAGAUCCAUUUGGCGGCCAUAAGGGCUCAGAAGGACCUGUUCGUGAGCAAGGUUGAGCCGACGUCGCCGCGAAACGAACGCAAAUUCUCCGCUGCCACAGCGCCAUCGAUGAAAACAAAGUGGCUGAAAGCAUUUAAGAGCCUAAAGCCUGCUGGUUCUGGUUCAGCACAACAAGCAGAUAGCCAACCACCCCGACAAAAUCAAAUGUACCACGCUGUUUCAACCGUAUUGACUUUGAGGCGCAAUGGAGCCUCCAGCACAGCCUCCGAGCCGCUGCGUCCCAACCUGGAUGGCAGCCACCACCUGCAGGAGUACACCUACAAGAAGAUAACGGCCUGCGACGUCUGCUCCCAGAUCCUGAGAGGCCACACACGCCAGGGAUUGCGGUGCCGCAUCUGCAAGCUGAACGCCCAUGGAGACUGCGCCCCCAAUCUGCCGCGCUGCCAGCCGAAGCAGAAGCUGCUGCGGCGCCAGAAGAGCACCUCGGAGCUGGAGAAUCGCGUUGAUAUCGAGGAAGAAACAGGCGCCGACAAAUCCGUCCAGGGCAAGCCAAUGGAUGGCGUCGCGGGAGGAUCGGCGCUUCCGGUUCCGGCCCUGUCCGACCGGGAUAUGGGCAGGGCCCCGCCGCCGGACAUACCGAUUGUCAGUGUCUCGGAGUUGGUCCUGCAGGAGCAGCAGCAGCAGCAACACCAGCAGCAGCAGCAGCAGCUACAGCUACAGCAGCAACACCAGCAGCAGCAGCGCAGUCUGGCAUCGGUGGCGCAGGCGGCGGCGGUGCGGGCGGGACGCGGUGUCCGGCCGCCGCCCGUGGCCAUGCCCAUUCUGGGCGUCCAGCUGCAGCAACAGGAGCUGCAGCAGCAGCGCGGCGGUCUGCCGGUGCCCAGCCAAGAUAUCUCUAGUAGCUCAGCACCGCACUCACCGCGCCGCCAAAAGUUGAACUUACGCAUGAAAUCCCUGAGCCUGGACUCGCCCGAAUCCUCGGAGCUGCACGGCCAGUUCCGACGAAGGGCCCAAAUGCCCGGCACGGGGGCCUCCACGUCGGCCGGCUCCGGCUACUAUCACGGCGGGUCCGGAGGCCACCUGGAGCACAGCACUCCGCCGUCGAACAACAGCCGCCUGCACUCACCAUCGAGCCCCUCGCACCCGGGCCGCAAGCUGCUCUACGCCACCCGUGGAAUGCGCGGUGGCAGCGUCGAUCUGCCGGACGAGAUGGAGAAGUCGCAGUCCUCGGCCAGCACCUCGCCGUGCCUCUCCCCCAAAACACAUCGUCUGCUGCCCACGAACCUGUACGUCAUCAUCUACAACUUCAAGGCGCGACAUGCCGAUGAGCUGGACCUCAAGGCUGGUUACAAGGUGACUGUCAUUGACAACUCGGAUCCGGACUGGUGGAAGGGAAAAGUGCUGGGACGCGUUGGCUACUUCCCCUCCAAGUACUGUGUGCGCUUGAACGCCAACGAGAAGCCCCUGCAGGUGACCCACAAUCUGCAGGUGUCGGACAGCGAACGUGGCGAGAACCUCACCCUGCUGAGGGAUCAGAUAGUCAUUCAGACCGGCGACGAGGUCAACGGCAUGGUGAUGAUCCGCGCCGCCGAGCACGGGCAGGGCUACUGCCCGAUCAAGUAUCUGCAGGAGGUGUGACAGCCAGAAGAGGACGAGCCGCCCUCCGACGAGCGGGACAGACCGCACAAGUCGUCCAUGCAGUCGUCGUCCUCGCGGACGACGGACAAGACCAAGCGUAGGAUUAGAAUCGUAGUGUCCGAGAACAACAGCCUAGCUGCUAGUAGUGUUGCAACCGCACCACCCGCUUCCACCUCCGCUGCAUCCGCCCCAUCCGCCUACACAUCGUCCAUUCAUCACACCCAUCACCACCAAGUCCCGAGGGAGUCCGACGUCGAGACGAAGCGACUGAACAUCGACUACGGCGACGAGGGCAGCGCCGACUGGGACAAGGAUCGCGAGGUGCUCAUCCUGUCCGGCAGGCGGAACAAGAACGACAAGAACUGGGAGAACUGGGAGCGCAUCCGGGAGCAGAAGCUGGAGAAGAUGAAGGGCAUCUGCUUCGAGAGCUACCGCCAGUCGAAGCGGGACAAGCUGCUGCAGGCGAAGCCGCGUCCCAAGCAGCUGGAUCCCACCUGGUACACCGACAACAUCUACUCGAACCGCUCCGACGACAUGGACGAGGACUACGUGCCGGAUUGCUUAAAGUAUGGACCCUUCCGCACACUGCGGGACAUCCACGAGCUGGACGAGAAAAGUGGCGGCACGGAGGAGCGUCGAGUGGACGGGGAGGGAUCGCCCGGCUAUGGGCUUCACCGCUCCAAGAGCUGCAAGGAGUUCCAGUACCCCAAGUCCCAGAGCUGGUGCUUCGAGGGCAACGUCUUCGAGGCUGGCGGCGGUGUGGCCAGUGGGAGUGCCAGUUCCGGCGGUGGGGCAGCCCCAGCAGCAACCACCUCCAUCUUGAAGAACCGCGCGGGUGUGCCCAAGUCGUACUCCUUCAGUGCCACAACCAAGACCAUGCCCUUCGAUAUCAUCGACUAUGAACUGCCGCCCGCCUCGAAUACGAGGCGCGAGAAGAGAGAGGCCCUGAGAAGAAACAUGAACGCCCUGUGCAGCAGUAGUCUGGAUCGCUGCUGCGCCCGGGAUCAGUGCACCAGUGCUCGCUGCCUGCUGGAGGACAUCUAUCCGGGAUCGGGGAGGGUGAGACCAGCCCGCGCGGGCAGCAAUCGGAACCUGAGUGCGGCGGACUGGCUUUUCGAGGACCGCCGGAGGGCGCCGGCUGCUCCAACGGUCAUUUGCUGCUGCUCGGCGGCUGAGGACUGCUGCUGCCACCGCCAGCGUCAGCAGCCGCCUCUUCCCGCUCGCCCCAGGUCACGAACCCUCUGUCCCGGCCAUCAUCCAGCCGCCGAGGAGGAGGAGCACAUGCACUGCCGGUACGACACCGACCUGGAGCACUUCAUACGCGCCGAGCGGGAGCGCCUGAUGCUGCAGGACAAGUUCCUGGACGAGGACGAACGGUAUUUGUCCGCGGCUCCACCUCCACGAAGUCCUGGCCGGCGGUAUCCAUCGGGAAACUCCAGCUACCACAGACCGCCCCGCAGCAAGUCGCUGCUGGAGAUGCAGCCGCCCACCAGCCUGUUCGACGAGGACACCUGCUCGGACACCACCGAGAUCGAUCUGGAGGACUUCAAUAUCGACCUAGAGAAGUAUUGGGAGCAGCUGGACAAGCCGCCCAGUCCCAUCAACAUGGACAUGCGGCGCAACAUGCACAGCAGUCUGAAGGUGAAGAACGUCAACGUUCGGUGCUACAACAACGGGCAGCCCAUCGAUCUCCACGAUCGGGAGCACGAGCGGCUGAUGAUCAAAAAGUCGCUGCUGGAGGGGAUGCCCUCGCCGCCGCAGCUGGACUCCAGCGAGUCCUCGACCAAUGCCGGUGGCUAUCCUUUUUUUGAUCCGGCCCCCGCUGCAGUUGCUCCCGCUCCCGCCUUCCAUCAUCGCUCGGCGUACGGACAUCCCACGCAGGGCUAUGGCCACAAGGUCUACCCCACGGUGGACACUCUGCCCUCGUACCAGUACAACAACUUCUAUCCGGAGCAGAGCCACCACCCGACCGUGGGCAGUGUGCUGACCCAGCAGCCGACGGCUGGAAUCCACCAUCCCUCCGCCGGGGGUCACUCGGCGCUCAGCCUGAUCAACAACAUCUUCUCGAUCUACAAGCCCAACAAGUACUCGCCGGAGAACUGCCAGAUGAACUAUGAGAGCAAGCCGGAGCCGUGCAAGAAGAUGAAUGUGCCCAGCACCCACAGGCCUCUCGGAGCAGCCACCGUGCAUCCGUAUCCGCCACACGACUACAUGCACUCCUCGAUGAAGCGUCCCCUGCUGGUGAGCGCCGACCAGCCGCACUUCAAGAUCAUACCCGAGAAGACGGGCCUGAAGAUCUCGCCCCUGAUGAGCUACGAGGACUAUGGCGGAGGUGGAGUGGGUGGCUGUGGCGCCGGCGGGGGGGAGAAGGCCCACCACCACAGACUGAGUAGCACGGCCAGGCCUCUGAUGCUUCCGCACUGAUGGUGCUGGACCUUUCCGUGGUAUGGCAAUGGCAAUGGCAACUAUUGUUAGUUGGGCUCCCACCCAUCCAACUAUCCCAAGAGACUCGAAAAGCAACCCAAGCGCACAAAUCUGGGUCCAGCCAAAACGAAAACGAAAGCAGGAAACCAUCGGAGGAUCAUCGGGAUGGGGGUCAGUUUCUGAGAACCUCCCGAAACCGCUCCACUCCUCCACCAACUCAAUCUCGCCGUCUUCGUCGUCGUCGUCCAUCCGCACAAUUUGCUUUUGGUUUAGCCGGGCAGGUGUUCCAUGUUCCAGUUCCAUCGAAGCAUCCUCGACACUCCAGCGACCAGCCGGAAACCACUUGAACAACAGCAACUACAGCCAUACCAUUGGAAAACAGCACCACAGACAAAGACAACAUCCAACUAUCGGAGCGCGGAAGUUUAAGUGCAAGUAGUAGGAUAGUAUGUAACGAUUUGAUCAGCGGAUCGCUUGGGAUCUCCCCCAGAACACAGGACACAGUCACAGACAUAAGUAUACAAUCAAUGUGCUUUUAAUUCGCUUAAAAUCGCUAAAGAAAUCGCAUUGCAGUUCGAUUAACCACUAAACAACAGAUUCACUAAUUUUCGAGCAACUUUUAAGCAAUCAGAAGCGUAUUCAAUAGAACAAAGAGUAGAUAUAAGGUCGGAAGAACUAGGUACUAAGACGUUCAUAUCGUGCGUUUCAUAUUUCCGUAUGAACAUGUAUUGUAUACCCUAACUCUGUAGAAAGCUAAACGGAUUUUAUUAGCUCGGAAGAGGUUCGGGAGAAUAUCUACGGGACUUAUUUUGGCCUCAAUAUAUAUAUGUAUAUCGCGAUCAUUUUGAGAUGAAUACGAAAACAAGAACUAUGGAGAACCGUUUUUAUUGUCACCAAAUUUUUUCUAUUUUUUAUACCAAAUAACUUUGAAUCAACUGAACGGGCGGGGCUAUUGACAUUGCUAGGAUCGAUAGGGCUAGAAGCUUCCCCCAUAAGUUGCGGCUACUAGGAGCGAUUAUACGAGUGCAUGCUUAUGCUAUUUAUAAAUACGAUUAGGUGCGGUUCGGACAGGUGUGCUAGGUGGGUGGGACUCGAUAGAAGCGCUUUUUAUAAACUAACUAGAUUUGUAUCGAAAUGUGAAACAUUGAAUAUGAAAACAUGAAUUGUACUUUUAUGAUGUAUGCGUAUCCACUGGCCUUAUUUAUUGAGAAUUAACCAAACAAUGAGCUGAACCCUCACACAAACACACACUUUCCAGAAAAACAACUUGAGAAUUACAAUUGAAUUUUUCCAGAAAGAUUCAGGCUUAGGGCUUUGCGUCACUUUUGUUAAUUGUUUUUGGCGUCCAAUUUUACAUGAUAACUAAUGUAGGACUGUAGACGAAACAAAUCGAAACUAUCGAGCAUAGAUUAACUGUCGAGUAUUUUGUAGUGCGUAAGCUAACUAAAACCUAAACCAAACCAAGAGAAGAUAACUUUUUAGCGCGAGACUCCUUGUGCGAGAAGAUUUUGAAUUUGAAUUUAUUUUUAAUGACUUUUGAAUACAAGGCGAGACAACGGAAGAGAGACAUUUUAUCAGAGAUCGUUUUUUAUCUAUUUAACAUUUUCUUGAACCACAUACAACAAGUAUUUGCUAAGUGUACCCUAUGGCCUAUGAGUUAGAUGUAAGUAGGUGUUUUUCCAAGCCCCCGCUUAGACCACAAAACCAAAACAUAAGUCAGGAGACGGGAGACAGAAGAGAGAAGAGCAGGGGGAAUUCUGCACAAAGCCCAAUCUAAGAAAUAUCCAAACACUGCACCCAAUUAACUGUACGAUAUAUAGAAUAUCUAUCGAGUAUCGAGUAUUCACGGUCACACGUCUAGAAACUAAGGAAAAUUGUAUUGUAAAGUGAAUGGAAUCGACGAACACGAAAACGCCCAAAUCUUAUGAGUAUGUAAGCAAAGCCGAUAACUUGAAUUCAAACAGGAUAACCGCUCCCCGCGGCCAUCUAAACUGCUGAAAUUGGCACUUAAGUAUAUAGGUAUACACACCGCAUAUGUAUGUACAACGUAGUAGAAUUUUCGACUCCACUAAACUGAACUUGCAAACGUAGCGCGACAUUUGUGCAAGUCCAAGGUCCCCAAGGCUGCGAAAUCGAAUGGGGCAGGGGCCAACUUCACGAAGAACAGCUUCUCGUUUUUAGCGUAAAUUUUGUUUCACAUACGUACGAUUAGGCGACCAGCAGGGCGAUGCACCUGGCGCACCAGAAGAUACAUGUAAGCAGUAACUAGAAAAUGGAACAAUAUAAUAUCAGUGCAACGUAAUAUAUCAGUUAAAAUAACAACAGAGGCAAACAGAACUCGAACUCAACUCAUUUAGCACUACCUACCUGCAAUUUGAAUGUGAAAAACAACACUCUCCCCCUUCCCAGAACCGCUUCUCCGACGCGACCCCAUUAAUUUACCUGAAUUGCAAAUAAAAAAGAUGUUCAAUUCGAUGUGAAAAAAACAA